ACACCAAGAGCUUUGUAUAAAUACAACCGCCCUUUGUUUUCGAAUUCAGACUCGUUUCCUGAAGACAGAAGAAGUUCAUCAGUCGUUGUCACCUUAAACAAGGAACAUUUGUUUUGUAAAGAUGCAGAUCUUUGUCAAGACCCUGACUGGCAAGACAAUCACUCUUGAGGUGGAGCCCAGUGACACAAUUGAAAAUGUUAAAGCUAAAAUCCAGGACAAGGAAGGCAUCCCCCCUGACCAGCAGCGUCUGAUCUUCGCCGGAAAGCAGCUGGAAGAUGGCCGCACCCUGUCCGACUACAACAUCCAGAAGGAAUCCACCCUCCAUCUUGUGCUGCGUCUGCGUGGUGGUAUGCAGAUCUUCGUGAAGACCCUCACUGGCAAGACCAUCACCCUUGAGGUCGAGCCAAGCGACACCAUUGAGAACGUCAAGGCCAAAAUCCAGGACAAGGAGGGCAUCCCCCCUGACCAGCAGCGUCUGAUCUUCGCCGGAAAGCAGCUGGAAGAUGGCCGCACCCUGUCCGACUACAACAUCCAGAAGGAAUCCACCCUCCAUCUUGUGCUGCGUCUGCGUGGUGGUAUGCAGAUCUUCGUGAAGACCCUCACUGGCAAGACCAUCACCCUUGAGGUCGAGCCAAGCGACACCAUUGAGAACGUCAAGGCCAAAAUCCAAGACAAGGAAGGCAUCCCCCCUGACCAGCAGCGUCUGAUCUUCGCCGGAAAGCAGCUGGAAGAUGGCCGCACCCUGUCCGACUACAACAUCCAGAAGGAAUCCACCCUCCAUCUUGUGCUGCGUCUGCGUGGUGGUAUGCAGAUCUUCGUGAAGACCCUCACUGGCAAGACCAUCACCCUUGAGGUCGAGCCAAGCGACACCAUUGAGAACGUCAAGGCCAAAAUCCAAGACAAGGAAGGCAUCCCCCCUGACCAGCAGCGUCUGAUCUUCGCCGGAAAGCAGCUGGAAGAUGGCCGCACCCUGUCCGACUACAACAUCCAGAAGGAAUCCACCCUCCAUCUUGUGCUGCGUCUGCGUGGUGGUAUGCAGAUCUUCGUGAAGACCCUCACUGGUAAGACCAUCACCCUUGAGGUCGAGCCAAGCGACACCAUUGAGAACGUCAAGGCCAAAAUCCAGGACAAGGAGGGCAUCCCCCCUGACCAGCAGCGUCUGAUCUUCGCUGGAAAGCAGCUUGAAGAUGGCCGCACCCUGUCCGACUACAACAUCCAGAAGGAAUCCACCCUCCAUCUUGUGCUGCGUCUGCGUGGUGGUAUGCAGAUCUUCGUGAAGACCCUGACUGGCAAGACCAUCACCCUUGAAGUGGAACCCAGUGACACCAUUGAGAACGUCAAGGCCAAGAUCCAGGACAAGGAAGGCAUCCCCCCUGAUCAGCAGCGUCUGAUCUUCGCCGGCAAGCAGCUGGAAGAUGGCCGCACCCUGUCCGACUACAACAUCCAGAAGGAGUCCACCCUCCAUCUUGUGCUGCGUCUCCGUGGUGGCAACUGAGUGCUCUGUCUUCAGAUGCAAGCGAUGUCUCACUCCCUCCCCUUACCUCUUCACCUUUCCCUUCCCACACCUCUCCCCAACCUGAAUCCUCAAAGUUCUUAACCCACAUGCCCCCCAACCCCACCCAUCACAUUCCUAUUUCAUUUUAAUAAAGUUCAAGCAUUCCUGCAAUAAA